UUACCGGACGAACAACCGCAAAAUAACCAAUGAAUUUUAUCCAAGCGGAAAAACGAGCAUUCUAGCUCGAAUUUGAGCUCGACAAUUAUUUGCUCGCGAAGGUGUGAAUCGAUUUGAGAACAGUUUGCUCAAUGAUCGUUUCAUCGGAAUCGAAAUGGACUGCUCGCGAGUAGCGAGAUUGAUAAGCGAUAAACUGAAAAAAUAAGACUCGAAGUUCGACGAAUCAACACCUUGGAAAUACGCGUGCGUGGCACGUUUUUAUCAGCCACGGUAACAUCGUCCUUCUCCCGUCUUUACUUUUUCAUUAUUUUCACUUCGUUUUUAUUCUCUUCGCCGCGAUUCCGUCUGUAUUCUCUCGUUUCGUUGACGAUUCGAGAAAUAUCUCAGGCAUUUGCCCAGAGGAAUCUCGCUCUUUACAACCGUUUCCUUUUAGCAUUCCGCUUUAAUCUCUCUCGAGAGAUAAUAGAAAUCGCUUGUCCCUGAUUCAAAAAGUUCGGUUUGAAUCGCGAAAAAGAAUCCGCGGAAAGAGCUUUCGUGUAGCCCGUCAAAGUGUGCUGUACCUGUACGCGUCGCUGCUUACUGCUUGUCGAUUCAUUACACACAUACGAAUCUAUGUCAUUGUUGCCAAAAGAGAGUGAGAGAAAGGUGUAACAUAGAACUACAACGGACAUAGUCCGACUGGAAUCGUGUCUCGUGCCUCAGGUUUUGGGUAUAUGAUAAAUGUGAAAACGUGCCGAGAGUGGUAUAAUCGUCCAUUCAUCGACGAAGAUCUUCGUACAGUGAAGCAACCAGAGGAUCCUUAACGAGGAUAACGCAUGUUUUUCUAACAGAGAAUUCGAGCCGUCGAGGUGUCCGCCAUUCUGCUCGGUCAAUGAAGAAUCUACGCUGAAGACGACCGAAACCGACGCGACGCCCCAAGGAAACAAAUCUAAUUCUCAAUCGAUUUUCUUCGAAGAAUGGAGGACCGAGAGAAGCUGCUCUCGCGGACGCAGCCGGGCAGAAGCUCGAUCCGAUCACCAAUCAGCCGGAAGAGCUUUGGGACGCAAGUUUCCGGAUUCAAAACUCCGAAUAAGGAACCGACGACUCCCACGUCGCCCACCGGAAAAUUACGCACGCCCAUGGAGGACCUGAAGCAAUGGGAGUUGGUAGAAUCCGAACGCGGCUUGCGCGUGGUGGAAAAAAAGAAGUCGGGCGAGCGUUUUCGACAAACGAAAGACGCGGCGCCGCAGGUGUCGAGGAAAACUUCGCCAACUUUGCCGAUCGACGUGAACUUCGAGGAGAAGUUGAAGGCUUUCAAAGACUCGAAGAUCGUGCAACCGAUCAUAGAGAACGAGGACUCGAGUAGCGACGCGAAUAUUCCAAAUGCAAAUUUGGAUUUGAUAUUGAAGCAGAGGAAGGGUUCGGGCAUAGAGAGCACGGACAUGCUUCAACGAUUGGAGCAGCAGGUCAAGGCCAUCGAAAUGGGCACUAUCGCGGCGAGAACCCGUCAGUUGGAGAUCAGCUCGGAUUUCGAGCAGGAGAUUCGAUACAGCGACACGAGGUACAGGGAACACGAGGACCUGCUACGUAACGUGACAGAUGACGAGGCCGAGGGGGGGUCUCCGUUGAACCGUGGAGAGGCGACAAGGAAUUCGACGGGAAACACGGGCGUCGUGACGAAGAAACCUGCGACGAAAUUAUCGAGGACAGCCUCGGAUACGAGGCGAAGACAGGAAGCGGAUAUUCCGCUUCGCGCUAGGGUGCAGCAAGUACGCAGGUUUGCGCUACCGAUCAUCACGAAGAAAGAGCAUCAACAGCAACAACAUCAACAAAAACAGAGAUCAGAAGUGGCGCACAAGGAUGGUCAAAUUGAAAAGGAGACUGGGGAUGGCGUGGGAGUGUCGAGUAGCGGCGGUCGGCUCUCGUCCAGGAGUCGGACCUCGGAGGAGCCCCACAUCGGCAAGUACAAAUUACUCAAAACGAUCGGCAAAGGCAACUUCGCCAAGGUAAAACUUGCCAAGCACGUACCUACCGGGAAAGAGGUGGCCAUCAAAAUUAUUGACAAGACUCAGUUGAACCCCAGUAGUCUCCAAAAGUUGUUCCGGGAAGUGAGAAUAAUGAAGAUGCUCGAUCAUCCAAACAUAGUCAAACUUUUCCAAGUGAUCGAGACCGAGAAGACACUGUACCUGGUAAUGGAGUACGCCAGCGGUGGCGAGGUCUUCGACUACCUGGUCUUGCACGGUCGAAUGAAAGAGAAGGAAGCAAGAGCGAAGUUCAGGCAGAUCGUUUCUGCCGUGCAAUACUGCCAUCAGAAGAAGAUCAUUCACAGGGACUUGAAGGCCGAAAAUUUGUUACUGGACAGCGAGAUGAACAUCAAAAUUGCCGAUUUCGGUUUCAGCAACGAGUUCACACCGGGCAAUAAGUUAGACACCUUCUGCGGGUCGCCACCUUACGCGGCGCCCGAACUCUUUCAGGGUAAAAAGUACGACGGACCCGAGGUAGACGUCUGGUCGUUGGGAGUAAUAUUGUAUACUUUAGUGUCCGGUUCACUGCCCUUCGACGGCUCGACGCUGAGGGAACUGAGGGAACGAGUACUACGUGGAAAAUAUCGAAUCCCAUUUUACAUGUCCACAGACUGCGAGAACUUGUUAAAAAAGUUUUUGGUGCUCAACCCGACGAAACGGGCCUCCCUAGAGACUAUUAUGAAAGACAAAUGGAUGAACAUGGGAUACGAUGACGACGAACUGAAACCGUACUUAGAACCCGAACCCGACUACAAAGACCACAAGAGGAUAGGUGAGUCUGCCAAGGCCCUGGUUAGUAUGGGGUAUACGAGGACCGAGAUAGAGGACUCCUUGGCACAAGCAAAGUACGAUGACGUGUUCGCCACGUACUUACUCUUAGGAAGAAAAAUAACCGAUCCCGAAUCCGACGGCUCGCGGUCAGGCAGUUCAUUGUCGCUGCGCAACAUUCCACCGCAGGCUGGUUCCGGUGGCGGCGGAGGUGGUGGAGGAGGAGGAAGCGGAGGAGGUACGGGCGGUGCUGUGCAAAGUCCGUCACACAGAGGUGUUCACAGAAGUAUUUCCGCUAGCAAUCCAAAACCACGUAGACGAGUAUCGUCCGGUCUUGAAACGCUUCCAGGAGCACCGAGUCCAGGGAAUGCAACGAACCAUAAUCAUACGACGACUACGACUGGUGGGACCGUGACCGGAAGCGGCGGUAGUAAUUUUAAGCGGCAGAACACUGUGGACGCGGCCACGAUCAAGGAACAGAACAGUGCUCGCGUGUCUGCGAGCAGACCUUCGGCGCCCAAGAACAGUCCUGGCCGAUUAGAUACUAUGACAAUGUUCAUUCUAGGCGUGGGUACAAGUGCCUGUGAUAGGGCAUGGGCAGGCAAGAGCAACACGAUGAACGCAGGGGUAGGUGGUGGUGGUCGGCCUUUAACCUCACCUGCCCCUGGUUCUGUUGGUCGACGUAGUACCAUCUCCUAUGAUCAAGCGAAGACGUCCUCGUCUACCGAAAGAACCAACGACGCACCCAGUCUUGGCGAGGGCACUAGACCAACGCGGGGUCACACCAAGUCUGCGAGCAUCAGCGCAGGUCACCGUUCCUCAAGUGGCGUACCCCCCAGCGACCAUUCACUACUGGACCCUCAACCACGCAACGCCCACAACUCCUUACUCGUCACUGCUGACCCUCUUAGACAGAGCUUGGGUGUGUCUCCAAGCAAUAGACUGGCAACACCUACAACACCAGCAUUUCCACGAAAUGUUCCAAGUCGUAGCACGUUCCAUUCUGGCCAGAAUAGAGCUCAGCGAAAUCAUACUCAGGGUCACACGCAUACACAGGACACAAAUGCAAUUAGCCCACUAGCGAGACCGUCCUUCUUCUCCAAGUUAUCGUCAAGGUUCUCCAAACGCCCCAUGGACCCAUCCGUACCCUCCAAGCACCCAGUAGUGAGCGGAGCGACCACUAACGAUGAGCAGGUUAAACCACGCAGUCUACGUUUCACAUGGAGUAUGAAAACUACAAGUAGUCGAGAUCCGAAUGAAAUCAUGUCCGAAAUUCGAAAGGUACUGGACGCCAACAAGUGCCAGUACGAGCAACGCGAGAGGUUCCUCCUGCUGUGUGCGCAUGGUGACGCCGCGACGGAUAGUCAGGUACAAUGGGAAAUCGAGGUCUGUAAACUGCCACGACUGUCCUUGAACGGUGUACGCUUCAAACGGAUCUCGGGCACUUCGAUCGGCUUCAAAAACAUUGCUAGUAAGAUAGCGAACGAGCUCAAACUGUGACUGGCGACAACGGGCGCCUUAGCCGCACGCGCCAAUCCAUAACGCUCUCGUGAUCGAUGACACGGAUUCACGGCUACCGAUGACGACCAACGUCUCUCCUUCUUCUGGGACCUUCACCUUGUCGACGAUACCGAUACGGAUACCGAUACCGAUACCGAAAUCGAAACCGAUGCUUGCUCCGACGAUCCCAGCUCCGACGAUUCCGAUUCCGAUGCCCGGGAAAUCUUCGUCUGACCGAACAGUCCACCCCAAUCGUCCCAGUCGAAGAGCGAAAGUAUAUUGGCCGAAAUCGACCACACACCGAUCACCGAUCGUUGAUCUACGCGCGCGUCACGUAGUCGUUCCGUUCGAUCCAUCGAAAGCCUUUAACAAAGAUAGACACUGUGAUCUGUGAACGCGUGUAUCCGAAUACUCUCGAGUGCCAAAAGCGAAAUCAGGUGGUCGGUUCUUUGUUGAAUUCGUCUCCACGCGAAGAACGGGAAGAUUUGGGAAUAAUCGUGGAUGUUGAUCAUAUUGAGGGGAGCAGGAAGAAGAAAAAGAAAUUGAUGGAUGAACCGACCGUAUCGCGCAUCAAGCUGCUGUUACCACGAUCGCGAUAAUAAUUCUUUUUGUUGGUACACGCAAAAACCAACGUCCGAUGAUACCGGACGUUAUUCAUACUAAUUAAUUGCUCGAGUCAUGCUCUCCCGUCGUACUCUGUUCAAUCGAGUAAGAACGAUCACCAUCAAGUUGGAACGCUUUUACGUUUACAGUAUUAUUCUAUUCGGAACGACUUUUUAACGUUGUGGUAGUCUGUUCGCAAUGUCGAAAACAAAAAUGAAUAUCCGAUUUGUUUUACUUAAACCGAUCCCACAUGCGCGUCUUCUGUACUUGAUCUUUCUUUGUCCUUACAAUUUCUGUCUGUCUGUCUGUCUGUCUCUCUCUCUCUCUCUCUCUCUCUCUCUCUCCCUCCCUUUCUCUCUCUCUCUCUUUCUCUCUCUAAUUUGCUGAAAGAAAUAUCUCCGAAGAUACCAAGUUGUAUUUCAACUGUGCCUAAUGAUGCGUAUUCAAAUAUAAUAAAAUGGUUUCUUCUCUAACGAACGAUCACGGAACAAUGAUAGGACAUCAGUAGCGUGGAGGAAGUCGAAGAAAAUGAAAUGUACCAUGAAAAAGAGAUAGACGUAUAUAAUAUAAUGUACCCGUAAACAAAACGAGGUCAGAGACGUUCGAUCGAGCGCGCAUUGUGCAGAACACCUAUAUCGAAACGAGUCGCAAGUCUUUCUUUUAGCAACAAGUUUGUCUUUUUCUAAUUACGUUUUAUAUAUGUGUAAGAAGCACUUACGAAGACAAGCGGUCUGUUUGUACAUAAUCGAUCAAAACUACUCGCGAAACCUGUAAAGGAAACACUGUAGACUUCUACUCGUAAACGAAAUCUAUCUUUAAGAAAAGAAAAAAACACUCGUCGUUCGUUGAAAACUUCGUUGAAGUAAAUUCAACCGUUUCAAAUCGUGUUACACACUUACACACAUACAUACAUACAUACAUACAUACAUACAUAUAUACGCGCGAACUAAAAGUAUAACACGCGCCGAAACCGUUUACCUUUUCGAAUAUUUUUACGAUACAUUACUUUUUUAUCUAUAUUAUAAGUUUAAAACUAUGCAGCACUAUAGGCGUCAGCCAAUUAAUUAAAAGCGCGUCAUCGUCGUCCCGUUCUCAUCAGCAUCCUCAUUAUUAUUAUUAUUAUUAUUAUUAAUUAUUAUUAUUAAUAUCAUUCAUCACGAUCGUCAUAAAUGUAUUUUAUUUUUAUUAAUAGUAUACAAUAUAAUGUUACAACACAAUGUUAAACGUGACAAAGAAAACUGUAGAGAGAGGAGCUAACUAAUUAUCGUUAACGUAAGGAAUUAUCAUCGAGCAAAUCUUACUCGUAUUCUCGCGCGAGUAUAUACGAUGCAAGUACGUUUUGCUCCAAAAAGAAGAAAGGGAUAAAACGAAAAAAGACUAGAACAACUCCGGAAUAAUACCUAAACAGAAUGUUAAAUGCACACGCGCACGGCAUCGUCGAUUUAAACGAGAUCUGUUAUUUCUACGAAGGAUACUGUGUAAGGUUUACAUUUAAGUAUCGUAAUUGGCUAUUUGCUAUUGCGCUAUUUAAUCCUUUUAUUCGCAGAUGUAUUCGCGGUUGAAUGAACUUAAAAUUAGGAAUUAUUGUACACAAUUAAUGUAGAGGCGACUAGAGAGACUUGAUGUAUAUACGUAAUUAUAAUAUACGAACGAUACUAAAUUAACUAAAUAAUUGAAGCCUCACAUCAAGAACGUGAAUAUGAAAUUAAGAAGAGAAGACAAUGGAGACCGAAGUUGAAGAAGUGGGAGGAAAUACUAGAAGGAGAUUGGAAUGAAAACCAGAGAGAGAGUUUCAAGUUCGAAACUCGAGUAAUCGCGAUUUUUUUACAUUUGCCUAAUGUUUAAUAUCGACCACGUGUUAUGUGCAACGGGCAAUGACUAAUUUAUUUAAGUAAACCCAAAACUCGAAUGAUUUUUUCACGUUUUUAAAAUAACACACACACACACGCGUUAAAAGAACACGAACGUGCCUCUCAACUUCAAACAAGCAAGAUUUUCAAUUUUCCAUUUAUAAUGAAAAAAAAAGUACAGACGUAUUCGUUAUUCAUGUAUAAUUAUCUGAUGCAUGGUCCUUUGAAAGUCAUUGAAAAGGACCAACUGUCUGUUUAAACAGAAAAAAAUCAUCGAGACUGCCCGUGAAAACUUUCUCGAGUUCGGUUAAGACAGCUUAGCGAACACCGAGUUUUUGAUCUAUAUACGCUAUGAUUGACAAUGUAUAGCGUUUAAGUAUGAAUCGCCGCAAACAUACAUUUCCCUUCGUUGUCCGAUCAUACACGCAUAUAACUGAGAAAAUGAUUUUCAUUUAAAAUAGUCGCCGAUAAAGCUUCAUGUAAGUUGUAAGUACUUUUACAACGUUGAGUGCGGUUUCAAAUUACGUACAUAACAAAAUCGAAUAUAGUACAAGGAAGGAAACAGAAGAAUCGCCGUGUUACGAAGAAAGAGCUUCCUUCGUUAAUUCCUUUCUGUACAAAAUACAAGAAGAAGAAUAAAAGAAAAGAGGGAGAAUGGAGGAACAAUAAUGAAGAAAAGGAGGAAAUGCAGCAUCCAUUGGCAGUGACUGGCGCGUGUCGACAAAAACAUAGUGUAUAAUUCCGGACGCAGUCGUUACACGAAACAAAAAAGACACGAUACUGUAGAAAAAGAAACUGUAUCUUUACCACUAGCGAUUACGAAUUAAUGUUAAAUGAAUAAGAUCCUUCGAUAGCGUUAAUGGUAUAUCCUUGUAAGAUGCAAGUAGGCGAGGAAACGAUUCUCCACUGUAACGAUAUAAAUACACGAAUACACGUUCGUUCGUUCGUUCGUUCGUUCGUUUGUUCGUUCGUUCGUUCGUUCACUCGCUCGCUCGCUCGCCGCUCGCUUGCUUCGUCAAAUAAAGAAAUAUGUAAAUUGAUUAUCGAUGAUUAAAAAGUGAGGGAGAAACUCUGAUUUAGGGGAAAAGGAGUGGAUAAAGGAAAACUGGAUAAAUGAAUCAAGUAAAAUCCGAAAAGCUGAACGGAUGACAUCACAAACAAUAUUCGAAAACUAAAAGGAACCGCUCGAGUAUUUACCCUCGUCGCACGUCGCAUCAAACCGACGAAAUAAAAGCUUUUGUGAUUUUUCUAUUGUGUAAGUAAUAAAAGCGAUAGAGGGACAAAAUGAUUACAUAUACCGAGAUUAUAAUCCGGUUCUCGGCUCGUCAUCCAUCCAGCUACAUCACUUCGCCCUGCACGCACACAUACACAAAACACUUGCCACAAGCAUACACACAAAUACACACAUACGAGUAAUGCGAUACAUAUGACACAUGACAGUUUGUAGAUAGGAACGUACAUACAGCUUUGCUAAGUGUUUUCUGGUGAUCGGUAUUUAGCCAACAAAAUGUAGCAGAAACGUUUAUAAUAAAAUGGUAACACGCAUUGUUUCCCAA